GGUUCUUCAAGGUUCAAUCACAAGAGCAAUGACAAAACUAAAGCACAAAAACAUUGUUCUUUGCAGAGAAACAAACUCUACUGUGCACAACCUAUGAUUACUUAACAGUGAUUGUAUUACCAGCUCAGUCUUAUUGCAGUGUAGAGAGCACACCUGCCUGUCAGCAGCAGUCACAGACAGUUACCCUCAAGAUCUGUAACUCAUCUGAGUUAAUCGAGCUUCACAAACUCUGUCAACCACUGUCUGUCUACACAGCUUAGUGCUAAAGAUACACAAAGACUAGCCUAACUUAUUACACCAUUCCACAACACUGUUCUUCGAGACGUUCAAACAGUAACGUUAGCUACUUGAGCAGGAGCCACCUGCAGUAGCAUGUCUCUGCAACCACUGACUGCAGUGAACUGUGGCAGCCUCCUGCAGCCUGGCUGCUCCCUGUUACAGCUGGACGGUGACAUAUUUCUGUUUGGCCAGAAAGGCUGGCCCAGGCGCUCCUGUCCUACUGGGAUCUUCGGGGUACGCCUAAAGCAUGGGGAGCUCAAACUGCGACCCAUCUCCUUCUCAAAUGACUCCUGCUAUCUUCCCCCUCUGCGUUGUCCCGCCGUGACCCGCCUUGAGCCCCAUGAUGGACACCCAGAGGGCUACCUCAUCCAUGGAGGCCGAACCCCAAACAACGAGAUCUCCUCCAGCCUCUACCUGCUGACCCUGGACAGCCGUGGCUGCAACCGCAAAGUGACCCUGCGCUGUCAGGAGAGAGAGUUGGUGGGAGAGCAGCCUGGGCCCCGAUACGGUCACACACUUAGCAUGGUGCACAGCCUGGGCAAGCGGGCCUGCGUUGUGUUUGGGGGCAGAUCCUACAUGCCGGCCGGGGAGCGGAGCACAGAGAACUGGAACAGCGUUGUGGACUGCCCUCCUCAGGUGUUCAUCAUCGACUUAGAAUUUGGCUGCUGCUCUGCCCACACCUUACCUGAGCUCACUGACGGCCAGUCCUUCCACCUAGCUUUGGCAAGAGACGACUAUGUCUACUUCCUUGGUGGCCACACUCUGUCGUCUGACUCUCGUCCUCCUCGUGUGUUCUGCCUGCGUGUGGAGCUCCUGCAGGGCAGCCCUCUGCUCACCUGUGAGCACCUGGACACCGGCCUGUCCAUCUCCAGUGCUAUUGCCACCCGUGUGGGGCCCUCCCAUGAGUACAUUAUCCUGGGUGGGUAUCAGUCAGAGACCCAAAAGAGGAUGGAGUGCAGCAGUGUGGUGCUGGAUGACUCUGGGAUCAGCAUCGAGCCCAGAGAGGCCCCUCAGUGGACAGGGGAAAUCAGCCACAGCCACACCUGGUUCGGAGGCAGCUUGGGUGGAGGGAGCGCUCUGAUUGGGGUCCCCUCUGAGGGCAGGCCAGCCCCGCCCGAAGCACAUUACUUCUACCAGGUGUGUUUCCAAAAGGAGGGGGAAGGAGAGGGUGAAGACGGGAACCAGGGCUGCAGCCAGGAGUCCACAGACUUUGAGGACUCCGCCCCUCUGGAGGACUCUGAGGAGCUGUACUUCGGCCGCGAGCCCCAUGAGCUGGAGGACAGCAGCGAGGGAGAGGGGGAUACGUACAAUGAAGAGGAUGAAGAGGAUGAGUCCCAGACAGGCUAUUGGGUCAAAUGUUGCCUGGGCUGCCAGGUGGACCCCAACACUUGGGAGCCCUACUACUCCACAGAGCUGCUGCGGCCAGCCAUGAUCUACUGCUCCAAAGGGGAGGGAGGCCACUGGGUCCAUGCCCAGUGUAUGGAGCUGACUGAGGGCCUGCUGGUGAGGCUCUCUCAGGGAAACGGCAAGUACUUCUGCCUGGACCGGGGCCUGCCCCGCCAGGAGAUGACCCCGCCACGCCAGGUGCUGUCCCUGAAGAGGAGCCCCAUGAAACCCCAGCACAGAAAGGGCCCAAUGAUGCCGAAGAUGACACCCGCCAAGAAGCGCUUCUUCAGGAGGCUGUUUGAGUGAUGUCUGACCAUGCAGUAUAGUUAUACUUACUCAUUGAUCAACUGGUUCAUAAUAUGUCAUUCUAAUUAUAUGGCCUAAAUGCCAUAUCAUUGUUUGAUGUGCCAUUGCAGCAAUUUACUGUUCUCAAACUUAUAAGUAAAUAAGUAAACUGAAUUAUUUUUUGUGCUUGUUUUUUGAUUCCUUACAGUGUUCAA